AUGUUCUGGGGACUUGGACCUUGUGGCACAGACUUCAGGCAUCCCACCUGUGCAGUCUGGAUCAGCUAUGCCUCCACAUUGCCAGUCCUCAGUGACAAGACUCAGUUCCCUUCCUUCUUCCAGACCGUGGCCAGUGACCUAACGUCCUUCCGAGCAGUGAUUCAGCUGGUGAUCCAUUUCAGAUGGUCCUGGGUGGGCAUCCUGGCCCAGGAUGAUGACUUUGGGCAGCAGGCCAGCUCUCUGGAACAGCAGCUCAGCCAGGCUGGUGUUUGCAUUGAGUUCAACUUCCAAGUCCCUUCCCUGAGAUCUCUGGAGAAGACUCAAUCAGUUACACAGAAGAUACAGAAAUGCACCACCACUGUUGUUCUGGUCUUUCUGAAUAAUUCCAGUUUGAAGCUCAUUCUGCAGCUUCUGCGCCUUGGUAUCAAAGGCCGGGUCUGGGUAAGCCCGGAUACACUGCACCUGACUAUUGCCUUGUCCUUGCCUGGUAUUGCUCAGGUCCUGCAGAGUUCAUUCGGUCUUUCGAAUCACAGAAACCAGAUGCUUGGUUUACCUGAGUUCCUUGCUGGCCUUCACCCCAGCAGGACCCCAGAGGACAUGUUCAUAGAGGGGUCCUGGGAGGCCACCUUUGGAUAUACAUGGCCCCAUCAGAACGCCACACUGGCAGAGGGUAUCCGUUUCUGCUCAGGUAAUGAGAGUUUGGCAGGCAAGAAGCUUCCUUUCCAAGAAGUGAUUAAAUUUGAUAUUACUUACACAGCUGUCCACAAUAUUGCCCAUGCCCGGCACAACAUGGUAGACUGUGAGGACCAGGGUGGGAUGUGUGUAGAUCCUGGGCAUUUCCAGCCCUGGCAGCUUCUCCAUUCCCUCAGGAAGGUGCACUUCAAGACUCCUGAUGGCAGUGAAAUUGUUUUUGAUGCCAAUGGGGAUCUGGUUCCACAAUUUGGCAUUGUGCAGGGGCAGAAGACCCCUGGGGGUGUUUUCCACUUGGCUCACAGAGGCACCAUUGACCUUGGAGUUUUUUCGGGGAACAGACUGUCCAUCCACGUCAAGGAAGAUGUUCAGAUCCCCAUCUCGGUGUGCAGCAGGAGCUGUCCUCCAGGGUUCAGCCAGGCCACAAGGAAGGCCCCCCCCCACUGCUGUUUUAAUUGCAGACCCUGCCAUGAAGGACAGUUUUCAGAUCAAACAGCUCUACCCAAGACUGAGGCCUUCCUGGCCCUUGAUGUGGCCCUGGGGUUCAGCCUGGCUGAGCUGUCACUCAUGAUGGCUGGCCUGGCUGUGCUGGUCCUGGGGAUAUUCUGGAAGCACCAGGACAGUCCUGUGGUCAAGGCCAACAACUGGCAUCUCAGCUACUUGCUCCUGGUCUCCCUGAGCCUGUGUGGCCUGUGUGCCUUGCUGUCUGGCCAACCCAUGUCUGCCACCUGUUUCCUGCGGCAGACCACCUUUCCUGUGGUGUUCACUGUGGCGGUGUCCUCCAUCCUGGCCAAGACCCUUACUGUGAUGCUGGCUUUCAGAAUCACCAAACCAAGGGCCAGGUUUCAGGUGUGCCUGGGCCCCAGCGUGUCUCCAUGUGUUGUCCUGAUGUCCUCCAUGGUCCAAGUGAUUCGCUGUGCAGUCUGGCUGGGCAUGUCCCCCCCAUUCCCAGGCAGGGACAUGGCCUCUGAGCCCAGGCACAUUGUCAUCCAGUUCCAGGAGGGCUCUGGAGUGGCCUUCUACUUCGUGCUGGGUUACCUGGGCUUCCUGGCCAUGCGGACCUUCUCUGUGGCUUUUCUGUCCCGGGGCCUGCCAGAUGCCUUCAAUGAGACCCAGUUCAUCACCUUCAGCAUGCUGCUGUUUUGCAGUGUCUGGACAGCCUUCCUACCCCUGUACCACAGUGCUCGGGGCAAGUCCAUGGUAGCUGUAGUGAUCUUCUCCAUCCUGUCUUCCACUGGGGGGCCUGGUGGCAUCUUCUUCCCCAAGUGCGACAUCAUCUUGCUGAAGCCUGAGCACAAUACCCUGACCUGCUUAAGGCAAGUACACUGA